AUGGUUCCAACAGAUAGAGCAAUAUACCACAGUACCACCGAUGGUCGACAGUACUUGGACACUAUUUUCAGUGGAAAUGUUAUAGGAAGAGGAAGGUUUACCGAAGAACCACCCAAGGGAUGCUGCGGACUCCUUUCAUGGAAGCCUGGCUCGCUACGAUGGUUUAUAGCACUAAUAGCUUUAGUUGCAGUAUGCUGUGUUCUGGUUGGUACUGCUCUUGGGGCAAUGAGGCCUUCCGGACGAGAUCAUUUGACGAUAUCCCUGCUAAUGAUUGGUGUGGGAAUUGUUUUGGUAACAGUCAGUGGCGUUGCAUGGCGGCUCACGUCACACGAUUCUUCCACCUGCCGGUCAAUGCUCGGUUUAGGUAGUACGGAAUCAGUGGAUGUUUGUACACGUCGUUUCGUGCCCAGACUUCCUCCUUCGUAUGGUCGACCGCAUCAUCCGUAUGCAGCCAUGAUUUAUCCAGAAUUCCAAUACAGACCACCGCCUCCGAGUUACCAAGCAUCAAUGCAGGAAUAUAGACUGAGGCUGUUGCUGUUAGAAAGAGGAAACACUCCGCAAAUACAAGCUGGAGUACAGAAUGCUUUGUCGCCCCCUCCUACCUAUAGGAGUCAUGCGGGAAGUUUAUUGAG